AUGCUAGGAAGCGAGCUCAGAGUGCACCCUGUCUAUUCAAAUGUGGAACCAGGAAAAUCUCAAGAAGUCACUGUUCGCCGAGAAGCUGCCGCGGUAAAAUCAGAUAAGAUAGUGAUUGUGACCGCUCCGAACAAAGACAAUGAAGAUCCGGAGAAACUGUUCGACAAAGCAGACCUUAAGCUCUCUACUUCAGUCAUUAGACAAACAGGAAAGGGUGCUGCGAAGCCAGAGGAGAAAAAGAGUCAGCAGAAACCGCCCGACGAAAAGAAGCCGGAUGAGAAAAAGAGCGAGCAGAAACCGCCUGACGAUAAGAAGCCCGAGGAAAAGAAGCCUGAUGAAAAGAAACCGGAUGAAAAGAAGGCAGAUGAGAAGAAAAGCGAGCAGAAACCUGCCGAAGAAAAGAAGCCGGAGGAAAAGAAAUGA